AUGUUGGAAAGAUUUGUACAAUUGGAAGAUACGGUAAAAAGUACAGUGGCCCUAAUUGAAAAGGAUCUUCCACAUUUAAGUGCACUCGACUGGCAGGUGGCUAAGGAUUUGUGUAGAGUACUAAAGCCGCUGGAAAAUGCAACAAAAACGAUCAGUGGGGAUCAAUAUAUAACAGGAUCAAUGGAAAGUGCUAUGAAAGUAGUUAUUUCCAUUAUAAAAGGGUUAGACGAUCGACUUGGUAAUUUAGAAAGAAGUAAAACAUUUGCAGUUAGCACAUAUUUAGACCCCCGAUUUAAAGCGUAUGCUUUUAAAGAUGAAAUAUGUGCAGAAACUGCCAAAAAAAUAGUUACGGCCGCCGUGGCACAUCAUGUUUCAUUAAAAGCAAAACCAACUGGUGACCAAGUCGAAAAAGUGCCAAAUACUGAAGACUCUCGUGUAGAUGAAGAUGACGAAUUAUCAAUUUGGAGUUCCCUAGAAAAAUCAACAGCUACCGUAAAACCGAAAGGAACUGCAACGUCUAGGGCCCUGAUGGAAGUUCAGCGAUAUAUGGAAGAGGAUUUGCUUCCCCGAAACGAUAAUCCUCUUGACUGGUGGCGAGAACAUAAAUACAGUUACCCAUAUUUAAGUAUUGUCGCUCAAGAAAAACUCAGUAUCGUCGCUACCUCGAUCGCCGAAAUAGACUAA